GGAGGCUGCUGGGAUUAGGGUGGGGGUGACUGAGAGCAAAGAGCCUCCAGGGUGAGGAGAGGAAGGAGAGAGAUGGAACUAGACCGGUCUGCGGGGAAACGCGACAGUCUUGGUAGAGGGUAGGGGACAGGGUGGCGCCGGCUAAGAGGGUGGCCGACUGGGGAGGAGUUAGUCUGGUGGGGAAGCUACCUCGUGGGCGGGGGCCUAAUGAAGCUAAGAGCCCCGGGUCGCCAGUAGGAAGGACCCCUUGGCAGUCCCUCCCCUCGGCCUUUUCCUACAUUACUGCUUCUCCCUGCUGGCCUCUGUGCGCUCAGCUCUUGACACUGGCUGCCCGCUGCGGCCUCGAGGGCCGGGACAGUGUCUUGGUAAUGUCCAGGGCUCCAGGAAGAGAUGUCCUUGUGGCUGGAGGCCUCAAUGCCUGAUGUUUCUCCUGACUCUGCAACGGAGCUGUGGAAGAGAGAACCUCAAGAUGCAGGAGACCAGGGAGGCAACACUUGCAUCCUCAGGGAGGAAGCCAGGAUGCCCCAAUCAACUGGGAGUGCUUUAGGGAUAGGAUUGGAGUCAGCAGAGCCUACAGCCCUGCUCCCCAGGGCAGAGAGCCUCCCAGAGCCUACAGAGCUUCGUCCACAAAAGCGGAAAAAGGGACCAGCCCCCAAAAUGCUGGGGAACGAGCUGUGCAGUGUCUGUGGGGACAAAGCUUCUGGCUUCCAUUACAACGUGCUGAGCUGCGAGGGCUGCAAGGGAUUCUUUCGCCGCAGUGUCAUCAAGGGAGCACGAUAUGUCUGCCACAGCGGUGGCCACUGCCCCAUGGACACCUACAUGCGGCGGAAAUGCCAGGAGUGUCGACUUCGCAAAUGCCGCCAGGCAGGCAUGAGGGAGGAGUGUGUGCUGUCAGAAGAACAGAUCCGAUUGAAGAAACUGAAGCGGCAAGAAGAGGAACAGGCUCAAGCCGCAUCAGUGUCCCCGAGGGUCUCCUCAACUCCCCAAGUCCUGCCACAGCUCAGUCCAGAGCAGCUGGGCAUGAUCGAGAAGCUGGUGGCUGCCCAGCAACAGUGUAACAGGCGCUCCUUCUCCGACCGCCUGCGUGUCACGCCUUGGCCCAUCGCACCUGACCCUCAGAGCCGGGAAGCCCGCCAACAGCGCUUUGCCCACUUUACUGAGCUGGCCAUCGUGUCCGUGCAGGAGAUUGUUGACUUUGCCAAACAGCUCCCUGGCUUCCUACAGCUCAGCAGGGAGGACCAGAUCGCCUUGCUGAAGACCUCUGCGAUCGAGGUGAUGCUUCUGGAGACGUCACGGAGGUACAACCCUGGCAGUGAGAGCAUCACCUUCCUCAAGGACUUCAGUUACAACCGGGAAGACUUUGCCAAAGCAGGGCUGCAGGUGGAGUUCAUCAACCCCAUCUUUGAGUUCUCCAGAGCCAUGAAUGAACUGCAACUCAAUGAUGCUGAGUUUGCUUUGCUCAUUGCCAUCAGCAUCUUCUCUGCAGACCGGCCCAACGUGCAGGACCAGCUCCAAGUAGAGAGGCUGCAACACACGUAUGUGGAGGCCCUGCAUGCCUACGUCUCCAUCAACCACCCCCACGACCCACUGAUGUUCCCACGGAUGCUAAUGAAGCUGGUGAGCCUCCGGACUUUGAGCAGCGUCCAUUCAGAGCAAGUGUUCGCUCUUCGCCUGCAGGACAAAAAGCUUCCCCCUCUGCUGUCUGAGAUCUGGGAUGUCCACGAGUGACUGUUUCGCUGUGUCCUUUGUGUUGGCCACACGGCGAAGGCUCACUGACUGCUUCCUACGGGUGGAGCAGACUGAGAAGGGCAGACAUUCCUGGGAGCUGGGUGAAGGAGAGCCUUGCAUAGCAUUAAGGGAGAGUCA